GUCUGUGGCAAAAUAUGGAAUUUUGGAAAAUGAUUAAUUGUUCAAGAUAGCCAUUUACCCUCUAUCCAAUUAUUGCAAAAUAUAUUCGCUCUCCAAAUAUUGCUAUAGCUAAAGUGAAUGUCUUUACCUAAAAUCAAGUGUACAGUAAGUAAAAUCUAACCUAUAGCCGAACUUUGGUUAUAUUGUGUUUUCAUCCAUGUUGAACUAUUGAUAAGUUCUGUGAUUGCGUCAUUUAAACGUAUCGAUAUACGCGGUAUCUCUAAUUAUUUAUUGAUCACGCUAGGUACAAUUCUUUUAAUUCCAUAAUUUUGUCGUAUUGUAUUAAGUUACAAUAGAUGCAUAGAAGUUGGCGUAUGUAUUUGACAAUGUCUCACUGCAAUAGAAGAACUGCUAAAUAUAGAAUCCUCUUAGUGUCAUAAAAUACAGGUAUAAAAAUGGACAUAAUCAAAGAAGAAAUCAAAAUGGAAUCAGAAGAAUUCACCCUCCAAUGGGAGGAAGAUAAGUCCUCUAAUAUAGUGGCAAGCGAAGAAGUAAUAUGUGGAAUUGAUAAUGUGCAGAAUGAAUCUUAUGGGAAUAUGACAUCUGAAGAAAUCAUAGCACACACUGAUCAAAUGGCUGCAGAGAAUCUAAUGUUUCUCUCACAAGAUGUUGUUAGCUACACAGAGAGUGCUGAAUUGGCAGAGGACCCUAAUGUAGAGUGUGUAACAGAGGAAGUUAUCACUGAUGACUGGGUUCUUUCUGGUGGACAAGAGAGGUGCAACAGAUUUAUAGUUGAAGUGCCUUUAGAACAUUUAGCGAAUCCAGUUCAAGAUGUUAAAGUAGAGAAUGAUAUUGAUGUACCAUUACCAACAGACCAAGAUGAAUACACAGCAAUGCGUCCAUGGCCGUGCGACUUUUGUUCACGUCGGUUCCGUAAAAAGGCUGCUCUCAUGAAUCAUAUGGUGGCUCAUCAGAACGACCGUCCGCACGCCUGCAACCUGUGUGGGGUGCGAUAUGUACGCAAAUGUGAUCUCAUGAACCACCUUAAAGUUCAUGCAAUGGUGCCAGAUACCCCUGACAUGAUGGAUUACGAGGAAAUAAUUUCUCCCCAAGUGGUAAAAAUGAAGAAAAAGAGAGGCAGACGGAAGAAGAAUCCAGAACCAGUAGAGAACGGCGUUUGGGAGCAUAUGACGUCAGCGCGUACGCAGCAAUGGUCGCGACGAGGCCGCACACCCCCCAAAGCUGAACCCGUACCUCCCUCGCCCCCUUCGCCUUCGCCCUCCCCUCCCUCGCCUCUCCCGCCGCCCGCAGACCCCGCGCGUCCCUUCGUGUGCAGGCAUUGCGGCGUUGGUUUCGCUAGAGAGAAAGCCCUCCAGUCGCAUGCUAGGGUACACGGCGGGGAUUCCCCCGUGGAUUGUGGCGAGUGCGGAGAGCUUUGCUGGUCGCGCGAAGCGUUGCGAACGCACUGCGCCACCCGCCACCCACACCUUGCGCACGCGACUCCCGCUGCCACUGAGGCCGCGUACGAAGACAACUCUGGUGACGAUAUGGAGUUCCGACUGUCGCCGAUAGCGCACAGCGGAAGCGAACGUGAAAGGGAACGCGACCGAAUGGUAGAUAUGCGAGGUCCGGAAUUGUUCUGCGGUGACUGUGGAGUGGCGUUCCAGAGGGCCGACUUGCUGCGGAGACACGUCACUGCGGCGCAUAGCUACAAGCGGCACGACAGCACUAGCAGUACGUGGGAGCAGGAACACACGUGCGACGUUUGCGGCGAGAGCUGCACGGAUGCGCUUCAACUACUUGCGCACGCUGAGAGACAUGCGGAACGACCUCGCACCAACAACAGAUUAAAACGAAUGUCCAGAGGUCGAAAUAACGCGUCAUCUGGCACCGGUGCGAGACAAUUCCCGUGCAGAGAGUGUGGAAAGGUUUUCGGUUCACGGAGCUCCCAACAGAUUCACGUGCGUAUUCAUACGGGUGAACGACCAUACGCGUGCCGGUUUUGUUGGAAGGCCUUCGCGGACGGUGGUACUCUGCGCAAACACGAAAGGAUUCAUACAGGUGAAAAACCAUACGCCUGUGCCGUUUGUCCGCGCGCCUUCAACCAACGUGUGGUGUUGAGGGAACAUGUGCGAUCGCAUCACUCCGCGCCUGAUAGACGUGCUAAUGGUGGAUACCAAUAUUGCUGUGUCGUUUGUGGGCGGCCUUUACAUUCGAGCGCGGAGUUGGUUCAACAUCUUAUUCAACACUGCGACGAAAACACUGCAUUGAAAAGACAGCCUCAGAACGGACCAAGGAAAUACAAGCGGCGACGAAAAAUUAAAAUCGAGCGGCCACCCUCGCCAAUGGACUGGGCCCUCCCAUCCCCCUCGCCGGUGGCCUCCGCUGCCGCGUCCCGCUCACCCUCGCCUGCCCCCUCGGAUGCCCCCUCGCACUCUCCCUCAAGAACAGUAUCCCGGUCGCCCUCCCCGCCGCCCACACGCGCCGCCCGGGCCACGCGCGCCCCCCGCGCCUCACCGGCCCCUCGGCGUCGAAGGCGACGCGUGCCCGCAGUGCCCGCGCAGCGCCCUAAGAUGAUACACACAGAGGAGCCCCGGUCCAAGGCUAAUAAGGCUAGGAACCGCAGACCGCCCAGACACCCGGCAGACGACCUACGCGCAAUCGGACCCCACUCACCGUCACCGCCGCCCGCGAUCCCCGCACCUCCCGUCGAGGAAGAGGUCUACAAGUGCGAAAUGUGCUCCAUGGAAUUCCCGCGAAGAGAUGCUUUAUUGCUGCACGUGCCUGUACAUAUAUGACACAAAAGGAACCUUCGACCGCGGCGUGCAGUCUAAAGACACUUAGCAAUACGCAAUAUUUGGUGAGCGAAACGUCGUGCCUAUCAAUACAUCGGCACCGAAAAAAAAUUGUUAGGUGACCUCGAUGAAAUCGCACGGUAAAUUGCGACGAAAGACUGAAACCUUCAUAGUGAUACACGCAUCCCAGAUGGUACUUGCAGGCUCGAUUAUUACCACGCUAAUCAGUCCAAGAAGUAAAAUAUAUUAACCAUGGUUUAUCGAGACUUAAAUAUUUAAGUUUUACGAAAUAAAACGCAUAAGUAAAUAUGUGAUUAUGAAAUGGAUAAAUGCUUACCACAUAUUUUUCGAGCGCUGUAUAGCGGGAGACCCCAACAGCUUUCGUGGUUUUAUUUCAUAACUAAAAUGACAAAUAAUAUGAAAGAGUGAAAUAAAGUAUAUUUUAAUCAACGUUUUAAACUACUUUUUAUACAAAAUUCGGUGAGCAUUUACCCGUUUAAGCAGGAAUUUUAAUUUGUUUAAAAUAACAUUUCUAACGUUAACAUACAUACAUGCUAAAGUUUAUUAACAAAGGUGUCUAACUUCUUGGAAUGCUAGAUGGAGUUAUCCGUCCGCAUGGACCGUGUUGGGUCAAUCAUUCCUCAGUAGCAUUUUAAAUAAAGCUACAAUGGUUUCCGCAGCCAAAGAGUAAUAUGAAUACUAUGUUUUGGCACUUUUGUAAGUAAAGUAACCUAGUCGUGACUGGCAUAAGCGUUUGUAGCGCAAAUUUAUAAAAAUCGUUCUGCCGAAAUUAAAUCGAAAAAAUCUGCUCGGUUUGCUGCGCAGAAAGACAAUUUAAAACAUCAAUAAAAUAGUUAUUGUUUGAGUCAAAAUCUUCCAGUGUCGGGUUAUUUGAUGUCCAGGAGUGGAUGCAUAUUGACUGAUGGAACUAAAAAAAAACUUAACUAACUACUACU